AUGGAUCUUUCAAUCUUUUCAAACUUGAGCCAGACAUUUCUCUCUACGUCUCCAAGUGAGAUUGUGCCAGUGAAGAAGCGGAAAAGUCUGAGCAAACACUUCAUUCUCCCCUCACCUCGCAAGAGUGUAGAAGCUACUGGGGAUUACUUAGUGGACAAUCAGAAUUACAAGGCGGAUUUCUUCCACGUUUUUACUAUCUCAGCUGCAGGAGAAGCAGCUGCAUACUCUGCCGGGCGAUUGGGGUGGGAAAAAUUUAACCAUGGUCUGGGAUUUUCGCAGAAGACUGUUCGCCAUGGAUUUCCCUAUCAACCUUCAGCCCUGGCCUUUGAUCCUGUACAGAAGAUCCUGGCCGUCGGAACUCAGACUGGUGCUUUAAGGCUCUUUGGUCGUCCAGGAGUAGAAUGUUAUUGUCAACAUGACAGUGGAGCUGCAGUAAUCCAGCUUCAGUUCCUGAUUAAUGAGGGAGCUCUCGUGAGUGCCUUGGCUGAUGACACCUUACAUUUAUGGAAUUUACGUCAAAAGAGACCUGCCAUAUUACAUUCACUUAAAUUUUGCAGAGAAAGGGUUACAUUUUGCCAUCUGCCUUUCCAGAGUAAGUGGCUCUAUGUGGGCACUGAACGAGGUAAUAUACAUAUUGUCAAUGUGGAGUCCUUCACACUCUCAGGCUACGUCAUUAUGUGGAAUAAAGCCAUUGAACUGUCAUCUAAAUCUCACCCAGGACCGGUUGUCCAUAUAAGUGAUAACCCAAUGGAUGAAGGAAAGCUUUUGAUUGGCUUCGAAUCUGGAACAGUGGUGUUAUGGGACCUCAAAUCAAAGAAAGCUGACUAUAGAUACACGUAUGAUGAGGCUAUUCACUCUGUUGCUUGGCAUCAUGAGGGAAAACAGUUUAUUUGCAGUCAUUCAGACGGCACCUUGACUAUAUGGAAUGUGAGGUCCCCAGCUAAACCUGUACAGACAAUCACUCCACAUGGUAAGAAUAAUUAUGUCAAAGGUUCCGAAGGUCACCCCAAGUUUGAUGAUUUACUAGUGAGCCUCCCAGGACUCAGCAAAGGGAUGAAGAGUAAAAUCAACAAAGGGAAAAGGUACAUGAGGGAACCUUUUAUUAUUUUAUCAGGAGGUUUGUCCUAUGAUACUGUAGGAAGAAGACCCUGCUUAACAGUUAUGCAUGGGAAAAGUACUGCUGUGCUGGAAAUGGACUAUUCAAUUGUGGAUUUUCUAACGCUAUGUGAAACACCAUACCCAAAUGAUUUUCAGGAACCAUAUGCUGUGGUGGUUCUUCUCGAAAAGGAUUUAGUACUUAUAGACCUUGCACAGAAUGGAUAUCCUAUAUUUGAAAAUCCCUACCCUUUGAGUAUACACGAAUCCCCUGUCACAUGUUGCGAAUAUUUUGCUGAUUGUCCUGUGGACCUCAUUCCUGCACUUUAUUCUGUUGGAGCUAGACAGAAACGUCAAGGUUACAGCAAAAAGGAAUGGCCCAUUAAUGGAGGUAAUUGGGGCUUAGGUGUUCAAAGUUACCCAGAAAUAAUUAUUACAGGGCAUGCUGAUGGAUCAGUUAAGUUCUGGGAUGCUUCUGCAAUAACUCUGCAAGUAUUAUAUAAACUAAAGACAUCUAAAGUAUUUGAAAAGUCAAGAAAUAAAGAUGACAGGCCAAACACAGAUAUUGUAGAUGAAGAUCCAUAUGCCAUUCAGAUCAUCUCCUGGUGUCCGGAAAGUAGAAUGCUGUGCAUAGCUGGAGUUUCAGCUCAUGUCAUUAUUUAUAGAUUCAGCAAACAAGAAGUGAUUACAGAAGUCAUUCCGAUGCUUGAAGUUCGAUUGUUAUAUGAGAUAAGUGAUGUGGAAUCCCCCGAGGGUGAACAGGCACCACCUUUGCCAACACCUGUAGGGGGCGCCACUCCUCAGCCCAUUCCUCCUCAGUCUCAUCCUUCUACCAGUAGCAGUUCAUCUGACGGACUUCGUGAUAAUGUCCCUUGUUUAAAAGUUAAAAAUUCACCACUUAAACAGUCUCCAGGUUAUCAGACAGAACUAGUUAUUCAGUUGGUGUGGGUGAGUGGAGAACCACCACAACAAAUAACCAGCCUGGCAGUCAAUUCUUCCUAUGGAUUGGUAGUUUUUGGCAAUUGUAAUGGCAUUGCUAUGGUAGACUACCUCCAGAAAGCAGUACUCCUCAACCUGGGCACUAUUGAAUUAUAUGGCUCCAGUGAUCCUUAUCGGAGAGAACCCCGGUCUCCUCGUAAAUCUCGACAACCUUCAGGAGCAGGUCUAUGUGAUAUUAGUGAAGGGACUGCAGUCCCAGAGGAUCGCUGCAAAUCUCCAACUUCUGGUUCUUCAUCACCACACAAUUCAGAUGAUGAACAAAAAAUGAAUAAUUUUAUAGAAAAGGUGAAGACCAAAAGCAGAAAGUUUUCCAAGAUGGUAGCCAGUGAUAUAGCAAAGAUGUCAAGGAAGUUAAGCUUGCCUACUGACCUAAAGCCUGACUUAGAUAUAAAAGAUAAUUCCUUCAGCCGAUCACGGAGUUCUAGCGUAACCAGCAUUGAUAAAGAAUCCCGAGAAGCCAUCUCUGCUCUUCAUUUCUGUGAAACUUUUACUCGAAAGGCAGAUUCAUCUCCUUCCCCAUGUUUAUGGGUUGGUACUACUCUGGGAACAGUGCUUGUCAUUGCACUGAACCUUCCACCCGGAGGAGAGCAAAGACUUCUUCAGCCAGUCAUUGUGUCUCCAAGUGGUACUAUAUUGAGGUUGAAAGGAGCGAUCCUGAGAAUGGCAUUCCUGGAUACCACAGGCUGCUUAGUACCACCUGCAUAUGAAUCCUGGAGAGAACACAAUGUUCCUGAAGAAAAAGAUGAAAAGGAGAAAUCAAAGAAACGACGGCCUGUCUCCGUAUCCCCCUCCUCUUCUCAGGAAAUUUGUGAAAACCAGUACGCAGUGAUAUGUUCUGAAAAGCAAGCAAAAGUCAUCUCACUGCCAUCUCAGAACUGCGCUUACAAGCAAAACAUUACAGAGACCUCGUUUGUGCUUCGUGGAGACAUCGUAGCAUUGAAUAACAGUAUCUGCCUUGCCUGUUUUUGCGCCAACGGACAUAUUAUGACUUUUAGUUUGCCUAGUUUAAGACCUCUACUGGAUGUGUAUUACUUGCCCCUCACCAACAUGCGGAUAGCCAGAACAUUCUGCUUCACCAACAAUGGACAAGCAUUAUAUCUUGUUUCACCUACAGAGAUCCAGAGACUGACUUACAGUCAAGAGACCUGUGAAAAUCUUCAGGAGAUGUUGGGCGAACUCUUCACUCCUGUAGAAACACCUGAAGCACCAAACAGGGGAUUCUUUAAAGGCUUAUUCGGAGGUGGUGCACAAUCUCUUGAUAGAGAAGAACUGUUUGGAGAAUCGUCCUCAGGAAAGGCUUCAAGGAGUCUUGCACAGCAUAUCCCUGGCCCAGGUGGCAUCGAAGGUGUGAAAGGGGCGGCAUCUGGAGUCGUCGGUGAAUUAGCACGAGCCAGGUUGGCCCUAGAUGAAAGAGGGCAGAAGCUUGGUGAUCUGGAAGAAAGAACCGCAGCUAUGUUGUCUAGUGCAGAUUCGUUUUCUAAACAUGCUCAUGAGAUGAUGUUGAAAUACAAAGACAAGAAGUGGUACCAGUUCUGACAGCUAGAAAUCCAACUAAGUACAACGUCAGCCAGAAGGAAAAAGAAUUUUCCUUUUUUAUUUUAUCGGUUUCACUUUAGGAAAGUUAACAUUAAAGGGAUGUUCGUCACUGGAUACUGCUCUUUCCUAGCACAAUCACGCACUGUUUUCCCUCAGUCAUGUGGCUUUAACUGAGGAGGAGUGUCCACAGACACUCAAAGUGGAGUCUAUGGUGUGUGCCAGCUCUGAGGUGACGGUUUGGGAACUAAGCAGGUCACGUGUUACAGACGAAGAAACAAAGGGGGAUGUCGAGGAGACCUGGCAGGGACUAUUCCUGGAUCAUUCCUGUAUUAAACUUGCAUAUGCCAAAAGAGUCUGUGCUGUCGUAUCUGCCUUCAGUGUUUGACCUCUUUGAGGGAGAGGCAAUAAGUCAGAGGUCCUGAAGCUGAAAUAGUUAUGUUUGUGUCACUGACUGAAUUAUGAACCGCUGUCUUGGACUUUCCCUUCCUUAAACAGACUGGUCAUCAGUAUCAUUAGUGAAAAAGAAACAAACUGUUUGUUACCAUAUCUUUAGACAGAUAAGCUGAAUGGUGGGCUUUAAAUAAUAAAAACAUACACAUAGUUGACUUGUGUAUGGGCUACUCUUGGAUUCUUGUUAUUGUAUAUUUGUGUUUAGUCCAUAUUUUGUCAAAAGCAAAACAAGGUGAUACAUCACUUUUCAUUGAAAAGAAAAGUGUAGAGCAUGACUGAACUGCUCAUCAUUCUGGGAGUUUCCAUGUAGUGGCUAUACAGUGUGGAAAGUGAGAAAAACCUCCAUUGUGGUGAGGAGAAUACUUCAAUGUCCCUUGUCCUUGUUCUCAUUAAUUCAGCUAAAGGUGGAUUUGACCAAAAUAGUUACUGGUUACCUUUGUAGAAAUGUUGAAAUUGGCUAAAUUUUUAAUUUUGCUUGAAUUUUUAUAAAAUGUUUAACCAAAUGUACCUUUGCA